CAUCUUCAAGCUUAAUUGUCAGUUCCAUCAAAGACCUCAUCUGGUCGGUGUCCUCGCGACUCACCCGCGCUUUCCCUUCUCGACCUGUCCGUCUAUCUCGGCUCCCAUCAAUAGAUGGCGCUCUCUCUUUAUCCCCUCCGUCGUCAUUCUCACGCAUAUACUAUUGCCCUUUCGCAACCUAUUCGCAGAGCCAGUAGGAAUUGAAUGCACUUAUCAAAUACGUUUUUCGAAUCAUACAUCAUAAACUCAAUAUCUUCCCCAAUCCAAGCCCAAUCCAAUCACGAGAACAAAGCAAACAAACAAACCCAAUAUGGCCAUCGAGAUCCUUCCCCUCACAAAAGAGGACAUCCCCUCGGCCGUAGCAUGCAUACAGAAAGCGUUCGCCGACGACCCGUACUUUCACUGGGUAUUCAACAAUAAAUCCGGGUUCGACAUUCACCGCAACGCUGCCUCUCUUGCUGCACACUUCCUCUACGGCCUUUCCUGCAACGAGCCUAUUUUCGUGGCCAAAUACACCACCAACACCCCCAGAGACAAGAUUCCCACCGAUUUCCCCGUCGUCGGAGUCUGCUGGUGGUACAGCCCGCAACCCCCGUCCGAGCCUGUCCCCUGGUCCGUCUGGGCGCAAGACUGGAUCCUCUCCUUCCGCCAGCUGUACAAUAACAUCCGAUUCGGUGGCCGAGGUGGCCUUAAUGUCCGUCGUUACUGGCUCUGGAAAGCCCGACAACAGGAGACUCACGACCGAGUUUGGACUGAUCCCCGCGGCUACUACUUCUGCAAUGUGAUCGCGGUCGACUCCUCGAUGCGAGGAAUGGGGCUGGGUCGGAAAUUGGUCGAGGUAGUUAGUCAACAAGCUGACCGAGAGGGCAUGCCUUGCUACUUGGAAAGUUCCAAGGGGUUCCCAAACCUGAUAAUCUAUGAGAAAUUGGGGUUCGAGAUGGUCAGUGAGAUUGAGUGUGUGGACGGCAAGGAUAAAUGCAAGAGACUUCACGAGAAGGCGCAAGAAGUGUGCAGUUUGCUACAUGCAAGAUAUUUCACCUUGUUCAAUGUCUCCUCUCACUUUGUAGACCAUCUUCAACUGGCGCCAGUUCUCAGCAUGAUUCGGGGGAAAUCCAGAUUUACGAAAUACAUUGUCGCUGCAUUCGCCAGUUAUAUUAUCCUCACUCUUUUAUUCAGUGGUACGGGGGAAAAGUAUUGGAAACAGGACUGGGUGAAGAUCGCGCGGUCCACGUUAGAGGAUCGGGCGCUGGAGCAUAUUCAAAAUGAGACGCUUGGGUUUGAACACAUUUACGCCAUUGGGCUGAAAGAACGAACAGAUAAGCGCGAUUUUCUCAACCUCGCCGCGUCGAUAUCCGGGUUUCGGGUCGAAUGGAUAGACGGGGUACACGCAGAGGACAUGAGCGAGAAGGCUCUGCUCAAUGAUAACUUAUUAGCACCAUCCGAGAUAGGAUGCUGGCGCGCUCAUAUGAACGCUUUGAGCAAUAUGGUCCAAAACUCCUACUCAACAGCACUUAUCCUUGAAGACGACGCAGACUGGGACGUUAGCAUUAGGCAACAACUCCGCGAAUUUGCCCGAGGCGUACGCGCGUUAACCAGAAAUGCCAAUACGACCAAGAGCGCUCCAUACGGCACCAACUGGGACAUCCUCUGGGUGGGCGGAUGCGCUUCAUCUGCCGCUCCCAACGAGACGCAAUUCUAUGCCAUCCCAAAUGACCCGACUGCCCCCAGUGUCGAUCACCGUGGUACGUGGGGCGGCCCCCUCGACUCAUGGAAGGAGAUUUACCCUGAGACGUCGACUCGUUUCAUUUAUCGGGCCGAUAUGGGCUGCUGCACCUAUGGGUACGCGGUGACCAAGCGAGGCGCAGAGAGGAUCCUAGCAGCCUUAGCGGUCGAUCGGCUCGUGGCUGCAGUGGAUAACUCCAUGGCUGAUAUGUGUGGUGGUAAGGAUGGCCGUUCGCAGAUCGAGUGUUAUGCGCCGUUUCCCAACAUCAUCGGGACGUACAAGGCAGCCGGUCUUGCGUCGAAGGAUUCGGACAUCCGUGAAGGCAGCGACGAGUGGCACGAGGCACAGGCCUGGAACCUCAUGUACAGCACCCGACUGAAUAUUCAUCGACUGGUGGCUGGUAGGGAUACUGUUUAUGCCCAGUAUGAUGAGGGUUUUCCUUGGUCGCGGCGCGUGUUGGAUUGGAAGGAGUUCGAGUACCCGAGGGGUUAUCUAGUUUCUUGA